CCUCUGUAUUUCACCUUUUAGCCAUCGCAUGAAUCAUUUUCAGAUCAUCUCCUCAGAAUAAAGACGGUCAUAAUAUGGCUCAUAUCGAUUCUGAUGAUCACAAGUCUCCUCUUCUUCCUAAUGUUAAUCCAAUUUUACAGUCACCAGGCUCUCAACAUUCCUUACUAAAAUGCAUCUUCACUCUUAACAAUUUCUACAUUCUGCUGGGGCCCCUGCUGUGCGGUGCUGUAUGUGUUUGUGUGAAUCUUGAUGGGCCGGAGCCGAGGAGCCGGAACAUGUUGGGUGUGCUUGCUUGGGUGUUUUCUUGGUGGUUCACUGAGGCUGUACCCAUGCCUAUAACUUCCAUGUCUCCCUUGUUUCUGUUUCCCCUGUUUGGAAUAUCUUCUUCUGAUAGUGUUACUCACUCUUACAUGAAUGAUAUCAUUGCCCUUGUUCUUGGAAGCUUCAUUCUGGCUCUUGCUGUUGAGCAAUAUAACAUUCACAGAAGGCUGGCCUUAAAUAUAACUUUGCUAUUCUGUGGAGAGCCAUUGAACCCACCAAGGUUGCUUCUGGGAUUAAGUGGCACCACGGCGUUUGUGAGCAUGUGGAUGCACAACGUGGCUGCGGCUGUGAUAAUGAUGCCAGUGGCCACUGGGAUCUUACAGAAUUUGCCCAGCCGUCCCAUUCAAUCUGAUGUUAUCAGGAAGUUCUGCAAAGCAUUGGUUCUCGGGGUGACAUACUCAGCAGCUAUAGGAGGGAUGAGUACACUGACUGGUACAGGUGUCAAUCUGAUACUGGUUGGGAUGUGGAAAAGCUAUUUUCCUGAAGCAGAACCAAUUAGCUUCAGUAAAUGGUUCUUUUUUGGAUUCCCUUUGGCUUUACUUAUUUUCUUUGCUUUGUGGGUUGUAUUAUGUAUGUUGUAUUGUUCAAAGGGCUCAGGGGAAGCUCUUUCUGAGUAUCUAGACAAAACCCAACUCAAAAGGGAGCUUGAAAUGCUAGGUCCAAUGGCUUUUGCUGAAAAGAUGAUUCUAGCUGUGUUUGGGAUGCUAAUAGCACUGUGGAUGACAAGAAGAAUAACAGAUGAAACUCCUGGUUGGGGAGCACUUUUCCAUGGGCGUGCUGGUGAUGGAACUGCCAGUGUUUUGAUGGCAACCUUAUUGUUCAUAAUUCCUAGCAAGAAGCAACAUGGAGAAAAACUGAUGGACUGGAACAAAUGCAAGAAGCUACCAUGGAACAUUGUAUUACUUUUAGGGGCUGGUUUUGCCAUAGCUGAUGGAGUAAGAACUAGUGGACUUGCUGAUGUGCUAUCAAGAGCCUUAGACUUCUUGCAGGCAGCUCCAUAUUUGGCUAUUGCACCUGCAGUCUGUCUCAUAAGCGCUAUAAUCACUGAAUUCACAUCAAACAAUGCCACCACAACCCUCGUAAUUCCACUUCUGAUCCAAAUAGCAAAAACCAUGGAUGUGCAUCCUUUACUCCUCAUGGUUCCUGGCGCCAUUGGAGCACAAUUUUCUUUCUUGCUGCCAACAGGAACCCCUUCAAAUAUUGUUGGCUUCACAACCGGGCACAUUGAAAUUCAAGAUAUGAUCAAGACAGGCUUGCCACUAAAGAUUGCUGGCAUUGCAGCUCUUUCCUUUCUAAUGCCUACACUUGGUGUCUAUGUGUUCGGGACAAACGGUGAAGUUCAGUAGCUGAAAUUAGCUCUGCAACAGUCUUUUGCUUUCUCCUCUGUGUCUUGGUAAAAAUCCAUGAAGCACUCCUUCCAUAAUAUUAAUAAAUAUUUUUGGAUUCUGUUAUGAUAUUGACUGGUGCCAUCAACUUGUGCUGAACAUUUAAACCAGCUUCUUGUUACAUUUUUUAAGUUUUAAUUAAUAUUUGAAUUGAUUUCAA